AGGCAGCGGGCGGCUCUUCUCUGGGCUUUUGCUCGAGCUUUGCCGUAAUCUGCUCGUUUCUGGAGCGCUAUGGAGUUCUGCUGGACCUGCCGGAGGUGUCGUUCCCGAUGCUGGAGCGCAGUCUGCAGGAGAGCAGCGCGGAGGCCUCUGUUAUUCUGUAGAACCAAGCUGUUUUAACUGUAAAAUCCACCAGCACCAGCCACAGAGGAACAUGGAGGGAUACAAAAAACAACUAUUGCAUAAAUUUCUUGCUGAAAACUGAUAGUUCCAAAAAGCAACAAUCAGCACCGAUUAAUCGGUAAAACUGAUAUAUCGUCUACCUUUAGAAUACAUACUUCAUUGAGGCACAAAGAGAACUGCCAGUUCCUAAACUCCUUGUGGACCUUCACGUGAAGUUACUGAGGAAAAUUGGCAAGUCUGUGUCUGCGGAUAGAUGGGAGAAGAAUCUCAUUAAGAUCUGUCAGGAGUUUAACACCACGUGGGCAUGGGAACUGGAAAAGAAGGGUUAUCGGGAGAUGACAGUGGAGUGCAAGUCGGGCAUUUUGAAGUACUUGUGUGAAUGCCAGUUUGAUGACAAUGUCAAGUUUAAAAAUGCUGUCAAUGAAGAGGACCCAGAUAAAAUGCGUCUCCAGCCCAUUGGCAGAGAUAAAGACGGCCUUAUGUACUGGUUCCAACUAGACCAAGACCACAACGUGAGGGUCUAUGUGGAAGAACAAGAUGAUAUUGAUGGGUCGUCCUGGAAGUGUGUAGUAAGAAAUAGAGACGACCUGGCUCAGAUCCUUGGGCUGUUGAAGACUCAAAUCGAUCCAGCACUCCUGGUGAAGAAGGAUCAGGAAGAGGUCUCAUCUAGUAACAGUCCAAGCCCAGACGAUAAGGAGAACAAGAAAAAAGAUGGAGCUGAAGAAGAAAUCAAAGAUGAGAUGUCAUCUGAUUCGUCCAUAUCUGAAAAUAAGGAUGCCACAGAUGCUUUGCCAACAAAAAAGGACACCAAGGUGGAGGAAGAGCAGCAAAAACAUUCAGAGACACCAAAUGGCACUGCCGUUGUUACUAGAUCAAUCAAAGAAGAGCCACAGGAUGAGGAGGAGAAAUGCAAAGACUCAUCAACACCCUCACAGAAUGCAGAACAGAUGGACGAGGUUAAGAGAAAAACUGCAGAAGAGACUCAGAGAUCCUUGAAAAAUGACCACCAAGCUAAAAUACCACUGAAAAAGCGAGAGAUGAAACUAAGUGAAAACUUUGACAGCAGUAGUGUGAGUGGCACCGUCCUAGUACGAAAUAAACCUGUUGCUCCAGUGAAAGAAUUACAGACAUGUUAUGAUGACAGCACAUUAAGUGGUGAUAAGAUCAACGGCCACGUUCCCCACCCUAAACAAAUAGAGAGUGAAACGCAUAAAGGGUCUAAAAGUUUGCGAAAAGAAACAACAGAAAAUGAUUCGGAAAAUCUUGAGUCUUGUGUGUCCAAGGAAUCCAAAGAGGGAAAAAAUCAGGGCGAGGCAGAACAAACUGAGGAGAAGAUUAACCCGAAUGACAACAGAUCAUCUGCUGAAGAACAGAUGGAAGUAGACAAGCCUGGGGAAUCCCAUGAAAAGAACAAGGAAAAAUCAGAAGCUCAACUUCACAAAACCACCCAUGUAGAACAAGAGUACUCAACAAUCAUCAAGCAGUCAGAAAAGAAACCUGGUCCUGAAGUUGAAGCUAAAGAUAAAAAAUCUCAAAAUUGUGAAAGUAUGGAUGUUACAGAAAGCAACACAACAACGCCACCUGAACGGCAAAAGAAAGAUCUCUCAAAGGAAAAGUCAAAGAAAGAUCUCCCAAACAAAGAGUCAGAGAUAGAUGUCCCUCAAGGUGAGUCAAAGACAGAAUCCCUACAAGAAGCAUCAAAGAAAGAGUCAAAUAAAUAUCUCCCAAGCAAAGAGUCAAAUAAAGAUCUCGCAGAAGAAAGUAAAAAAUAUCCCAAAGACACUAAUAAAGAUCAUGAAAAACAAGAUCCACCACAACCGGUGACAACUGCUUCCAAAGAGACAGAAAAAUCUCCCACUGCGAUGGAGAUGGAACUGAUCCAGCCCUCUAAAAUGGAGGAGUCCUCUACCCAUGAAACAAUCAAACCACAUUCAGACACUGAAAAGUCUCAGAACGCAUUAAGUCCAGAAGAAACUAAACUUCAUCACAGCUCUGCAGACAAAACCACAGAAAAAAAGCUUGAUCAUACAGAACCUAAAACUUCUGCCAUUGUUUCGAAAGCUAAAAUACAGAGAGACAAACUCUCAACCAGUGAAGCUGCUGCCUCUAAACCUUCUGAAGAUGAAGCUUCUGUGCAUGAACACAAGCGGUCCACCUCCCCUAAAUUGCCGCCUGGGGAGCUUGAAAAUUCUUUGGUUUCUAAUUCAACCAGUAGGGUAAAUACACCAAAAACAACAGAGAAACCAGCUUGUGAAGAAACUUCUGAUACAUCUGAAACUACUAAAGAUGAGGUUGAGAAAAUGGACACCAGCAAAAGAGCAAAUAGCUCUAAAAAAUCGAAAGCAAUAUCUGUUACUAAAGAAUCAGUCAAUGAAGGUAAAGCUACAGAUCAACCCAGUGAAUCCAACAGAUUUAAGAAACCAGACAAGGAUCCAGAUUCAGAGGAAGGGGACAAGGAUAAGCCAAUGGAAGUUGAUUCAGAGACCACUAAAGCUGAUGAACUUCAGUCAGUCAUUGAGGAAGGAUGUAAGAAUAAAAGAGAAGAUAAAAAGGAAUCAGAUGUUUCUCGAGAUCACGACACAGUCUCAAACAAAAAAUGUAAGAUGGGCACAACUUCUGAGGAAAGCAAGGCUUCCACGAAAAAGUCAAAGACAGGUCAUGUUCAUAAAGUGAGUGACGCUAUUGAGACCAGAAGUCUAGGAGGGCUUUCUAACAAAUCUCAGGAGGGUAAGGAUGAGGAUAAGCCAGAAGAGGAACAAGGAGGAAAGAAAAAUAUGGAAGGCUUACGUCUUAAAAUCAAGAUCCCAACUCACAGGCGGAAAGCAGAUCUCUUGAGAGAGGAGGCCAAGGGAGACUCGGAGUCAGAGAUGACUGAAGGGAGAUGCUUGAGAAGAUCUCCCAGAAUCUUCAGACCCACAGCUAAAGUGGUGGAGAUUCAGGACAGGAGGGCAGAGCGGAAGCAGGCGACCCCGGUGUUAGAGAAGGAAAAGGAGGAAAAUGAGGAGGAAAAAGAGGAAGAGGAGCCUGUACAGAAGAAACCGAGGAAAACAGACCCAGAUGGUCAAACAAAACAAAGGGGUGGGAGACGUCGAAGACGGACACAGUGGUCUCGUAUGAGACGUAAAAAGAAAGGUUCUGAUGAUGAUUAUGAUGAGGAGAGCGAGGAAGAGGAGACUGAGGAAGAUGACAGUGAUGAAGACUACAAGGUGGAGAAGACCAAAAAGAGAAGGAGAAACCGAAACCGAGAGCGUAACAGCUCUGAUACAUCUACCUCCUCAUCAGAUGAUGAUGUUCCUAAUGAUGACCCCUGCAAACACUGUGGCCUUCCCAAUCAUCCAGAACUGAUACUCCUGUGUGAUUCCUGUGAUAGCGGAUACCACACUGCCUGUCUGCGGCCUCCGCUCAUGAUCAUUCCAGAUGGGGAAUGGUUUUGCCCCCCCUGCCAGCAUAAGCAGCUUUGCGACAGGCUCGAAGAACAGUUGCUAACCCUGGAUGCCGCCCUGAAAAAGAAAGAACGAGCAGAACGAAGGAAAGAGCGACUGGUGUAUGUUGGCAUCAGUGUGGAGAACAUCAUUACAUCUACUGUUGAAGUGGGCGAAGAGAAGGAAGAGGAGGUGGUUAAGGAAAAAAAGGAGGUGAAGAAGAGCAAAAGUUGGGGACGGAGAUCAACAAGGGCAAAGAAAUACAUAAGCUACAGGUGCAUCAUCUGCUGGCUGUAUUUACAGAAUUUUUUUAAAUUCUUUGACAUCUUGAUUAUUAUGUAUAUGUAUUAUGCUUUUCUCAGAUUUGAUGAGUUUGAUGAAGCAAUCGAAGAGGCAAUUGAAGAAGACAUCAAAGAGGCCGAAGGAGGAGGAGCAGGACGGGGGAAGGACAUGGCAAAUAUCACUGGCCACAGAGGGAAGGACAUGUCCACCAUCCUACAAGAGGACGGGAAGGAGAACGGCCGGCCGCGGCGACCCAACACAGGUCAGAAACGGAAAAAGCGCCGGCGUCUCAACGAUCUGGACAGCGACAGCAUGGCGGAUGAGGAGGAGAGCGAGGACGAGUUCCACCUCAGCAACAGUUCGGAGGAGGAGGAGUUUGUAGCGUCUGAUAAUGAUGGAGAAAGCGAAGCAGAAGUUCCGUCCCAAGAGGACAGCGACUUUGGGAGUAAUGGUGACGACCCUCGAACAAAACCUAGACGGACGGCAAACCGCAGUCGAAGUAGAAGACAACCGCCCCGUAGGAGACGUAAACCCAGAGGAUACUCUGAUGAUGAGGAGCUGGAAACUGAUGAAGAGGAGGAGGAGAUAGUGACGGAAGGUUCUAGUGAAUUCAGUGACAGUGAUCUGGACGUCCGCUGUCGACGGUCGCAUAGGAGCCGUAAGCAGCAGGUGAAUUACUGCGAAAGCUCUGAUUCCGAUGGCUCGCAGGCCGAUACCAACAAAGACAGAAAGAAGCAGCGUAGAUGCCUUUCCAGCUCUGACAGUGAAGUUAAUUUCCAGUCUGCUGAUUCUGAUGAAGAAGAGAGGAAGCCCAAGAAGACAAGGGCGGACUCAUCAGAGGAAGAAUCCAGGAAGCAGCGCAGACGUCUGUCUCUUAAACGCCGGAGAGAAUCUGAGGACGAUGACGACGAUGAUGAUUCGGAUGAAUCUGAGGAAGAGAACCGGCCUGUCCGCAAGCGUGUGAACCGCAUCGAUUCUGAUGACGACAGCGAGGAUGAGGAGGAGGUGAAGAAGAGCCCAGCGGAGAAAGAGCCAGAGGAGCCCAUCACCAAAGGGCCCAGUCCCCUGGACUACAACUUGGUGGAGCUUCCUCCCACUAAUGGACAGAGCCCAAUGAAGAGUUUGGAAGGUCUCAUUCCACGCCCUGGGGUGGGGGCGGGGCCUAAAAAUGCCAACGCCCCGUCAGCCGUACCCAUGGCGCCAAAUGGCAUAGAGAUAGCCCCGCAGGACGAAGACGAAGAUGACCUUUUGGGUGUUACAGACCUUGUAGAUUAUGUCUGCAACAGUGAACAGUUGUAAGACUUGGUAUUUUUUUUUUAUCCAUACAACCUUUUUCUUUUCUUUUUUUUCAAACUUCCUCCUCUCCUUCCUGCACUGUCAGCAUCAUCCAUGUAUGAUCUUGACCUCUUCUGGAUCAUGACAAACACACGGUCCCCAUUAGUCAUGUCUGCAGACGAAACCAGGGACAGAAUGCUGCGGUCUUGCUCGGAUCCUGGCCUCAGUGGCACGUUAAUAAUAGCUGUAAAUAUUUUACUGAGCAAAAAUAUCAAGGGAAGGAAAAAUUCCUUCUAAGAUACUCCCUGAUAUAUUCCUUAAAAGUACCUUUUCUUUGUGUUUGAUGAGAGUGAUCUCUCUCAAACAAACCAACCCUCUCUGGAAACAACCUCCAAAACCUCUGUACACACUAAUCUCAUAGCCAUGCUCAUUUACAGAUCACGAGUCUAAUCUAGAGACAUUGAGUUUUUCUCACUUGAUGAGUUUGUGUGAGAUUUGAUCUUCUCCACUGCUGUCAAUUGCACAUUUCAGAGAGAACAGAAAAUGGGUGGAGUCAAUGGGAAAUGGGUGGAGCUAGUAUAGAGUGAAAGUGGGUGGGGCUUGUAUGUAGGGAGUGUAGACAAACCACAUUUCAGUGAAGUUCCACACUAGAUAUUUGCACUAAAGUGCAAAUAUCUUUAACGUUAUGUUCCACUCUGAGGCCAUUUUUAAACUCAUCUUUUAUAAUCUAAUUGGAGUGAAAGUUGAAUUUCUAAGUGUCAUUUGGUGGAGAAAAGUUUUUAUUAAGUGAUGUCAUGAUAAGCUUUGUUUUGUUAUACGAUAUUUAUUACUGAAAUUGUCAUUUGUAACUGAAUUUAUUGCUUGGUUAGACAGCUGCUUCCUUCAUUAGAGCAAAAGUAACAGAUUUCUGAAAUUCCUAACAAAUUUCUAAGAAAUGUCUAGUAGUGAAAAUUUGUCUUGUGCACAGCUCAUUUUCUGAUGUCGAGUCUGAUUUAUGUAAUUCUUUUUUAAUUUGUAACAUUUUAAAUCUGUUUUGAUUACAUUCAAACACUAUUCACUCUGGCAGCUUGUUAAUGCAUCAAAGGCCAAAUCUUCCACUGAAAGACUUUAUUUUCUGAGGACUCUUACCCACACCGAUGUGCAGUUUGUUUCUACAAGAGAUGCUUUGGAUCAAGACGUUUAGUGCUGUUCAUCUCAUUUUUUUAGUGCAAAUAUUUCAUCAAAGGGAUUCUUCUUUUGCCGUCAGUCCUGCUUAUGUCUGUUCUACUGCACAAUUUCUGUAUUUAAAUAUAUUAAUAUAACCAUUGUAAUGUUUUGCUUUUUUUAUUACAUGCUAAUUAUGUGUUGACAUGAUCUUUUUUUUUUCUUUUUUUUUUUUUUAAUCAAUUAUGAAGCAAUACAUUUUUCUUAGAAGACACACAAGAGAUUUGUCUUGUGGUUCACAAUGAAUCCUAUAUUUUUAAAGACAGAAAUUCAUGUUUUUGGUGACAUUAAAAUUAUUUGAACUCUUCUGAGUGCAGCGUGAUGUCGAGAGAGCACCAGACUGGCGAGAGAGAGAUAGAGACCCCUCUGCUACAGGCACGCUGAAAUCAUAGAACACAUUUGAGAAACAUGGUAUAAUCUUGCAUUAUCCUUGUGUGUAUAUCUGUAGUUUUUGCUGUAACAUAUUAGAAGCGUUUUAAAAUCAUUUAAACUAUAUAUAGCAGUCCUUUUACGAUUGCAGCUGUUUAUAAUUUGUAUUUUGUAGGUAUAUUUUAUACCCUUCCAAAGUGGGUUAUGGUUUGUCAAUCUGUCAUUUUCAUUAAUGCAUUUGCUUUUGUUGCUUUAAAGGGUUUUCAGUCUCUCAGUCCCAUUUUCUACUAAUUGCUAAAACAUUUCCCGGCAUGAUCUGUUCUCAAAGGGAAAAGCAUUUGAUCCAAACCCCAACAAACAGUGUACAAAUUUUGGAUGCCAGCAUUGAUGAUAAAAGCUAUGUAAAAAUGUCUUGUAAAAUAAUGUUUAUGCUUGGCAUGCACAUAUCUUCUAGUCCUUUUUUUAUCUUGUAGAAUUAGGACAUAAGGUUUGGAGAAUAUAUCCCUAAUUUCUCACAAAUUCACAAAAAACUGCUCAGAUGAGAACUUAGAACCCUUUACAAAGCUCAAGAGCACCAUUAGGUACUAGACUGCAGAGCAUUUCUAUUGACAGUAUUGGGCCAAUAUUAAAUUCUUGUGAUAUUUUAAAAACAAAGGUACAGGCAACAUCAAGAGUCACUUUAUAUUUGUAUUUGUCAUCACAUUCUGCUUUAUUUGAUGAGGGAUGCCAGCACCAGUGUUUUGAUAUAUUUGGCUGAUGUAGUUUGACAGCAGAUGGACAGAUGCCGUCUGGUUUUAGCUUUUAGAAAUGUCCUUUGUGUUUGUCUGUUCCUCUUUUUGAUGUUUUUUUUUUUUUUUUAACUGUAUUGUAAUUUCUUUCAUAUUAUUUACAAUCUUGUACAUUUGUCAUAAUAAAAAUGAAAUGAAACCUG